CCCCAAAGACACACAACUUCUAUACCACACGACUACGCUACUCUUACUUCGCACUCGACACUAGCAUUGCGAAGACUGAACCCGGACGCGAUGCCCGUAGGUUCCACGGGAUGGGUUUGUUGUCGGUGUGGAGCAGACAACCCCUGUUCUACACUGUGGUGUCAUGGUCGGGGCAAGACUUGUCAACACUACACUGUGAAUUGUGUUGGCUGCUUCUCCUACUGAUGUUCUCCUGGAACCAGUCCCGGGCAGCGCGCGGGUACGGUGAAGGCUGGUCUCGUCGUAAGAAUGGGCACCCGGAGCAGGUUCCAGCACGUGGUGCGACUGGUACGGAAACCACAACAAUGCAAGCGGACAUUGGGAGGAACUGUAAUGAUCUUUUUGUACAUUUUAAGGGAGUUGACGGGUGGACCCCUCAUCUUCUCUACUCGUCUUCCACGCAAUAAUUCAGGUCAAUCUUUUUUUGGCCUUCCUCUUGUCUUCGGGCUACCGAAGCCUCGCCAACAUCCUCUGCGCACAAUCAUCUAUAUCCAAAUAUACUUACCUCAGUCACUACACUUUUCACUCCAAAAUG